CUUUUCAUGUCGGACAUUUCGUUCGAUUCUAGUUUUAUGUGAAGUGCCCUAUAAAAACAUAUAUUUGAGAAAUGUCGUUGGCAGCGGCUCGACCGCUUAUAAGCGUGUACAAUGAAAAGUCCGAGGAAGUCAAAGGGGCCAGCGUCGCCCUCCCAGCUGUCUUCAAGGCCCCAAUCAGGCCCGAUGUAGUCAACUUUGUCCAUCAGCAGGUCUCGAUGAACCAUCGUCAGCCUUACAGCGUCAGCGACAAAGCUGGCCACCAGACUUCUGCUGAAUCUUGGGGUACCGGUCGUGCUGUGGCACGUAUUCCUCGUGUCAGAGGUGGUGGUACCCACAGAUCUGGUCAGGGUGCCUUUGGAAACAUGUGUCGUGGUGGACGUAUGUUUGCCCCCACGAAGCCCUGGAGGCGCUGGAGCCGUAGGGUUAACAUUAACCAGCGCAGGUAUGCCCUUGCAUCUGCUGUAGCAGCAUCAGGAGUGCCAGCUCUAGUAAUGAGCAAAGGUCAUGUUGUUGAUCAGAUUCCAGAGCUGCCUUUGGUAGUUUCAGACAAGGUACAGGAAAUGAAUAAGACCAAGCAAGCAGUGCAGUUUUUGAGAAGGAUCAAGGCUUGGGCUGAUAUCCAAAAGGUAUACAAGAGCCAACGUUUCCGUGCCGGUAAAGGUAAGAUGCGUAACAGGAGACGUAUUCAAAGGAAAGGACCAUUGGUUGUUUAUCACAAAGAUCAAGGCCUUCGCCGCGCGUUCCGCAACAUCCCCGGCAUCGAUCUAGUCGGCGUCGACAAACUGAACCUGUUGAAACUGGCCCCCGGCGGGCACGUCGGUCGUUUCGUCAUCUGGACCGAGUCUGCCUUCGCGCGCUUGGACAAACUGUUCGGCAGCUGGAAAUCCUCCUCGGCGGAGAAGAAGGGCUACAACCUGCCGCAGCCGAAGAUGUCCAACACGGACCUGUCCAGGUUGCUCAAGGCCGACGAGAUCAAGGCAGUGCUGAAGGCGCCUCAGAAGAAGAUUGUUCGUCGCGUACGUCGUCUCAAUCCAUUGAACAACCAAAGGGCCAUGCUGCAAUUGAACCCUUACUCUGCCGUCCUGAAACGACAGGCCAUUCUGAGCGGACAGAAGAGGCAGUUGCAGAGAGACGAACAGCUCGCCAAGAAACGUGGGAUAACUCUGACUCCCGAAUCUGCAGUCAUCAGGACCGCCAAGCUGCAGGCGAGAAGGAGGGCGCAAAUUUUGAAGGCCAAGCAAGCUAAGCCCAAGACCGCCAAGGGCGGCAAAAAGGCCCCCGCCAAGAAGUAGAUGGCCACUGGUUAUUUUUGCGUAUCCCUAAGUUUUAUGCAUUUGACUGUGGUAACCUGGUUGAAAGUGGUUG